AUGCCACAACUAGACAUUGUACAUAUCCUUACGGUUUACCUAUGAACCUGACUAACUCUUACCCUAAUUACACUAAAAAUUAAAACCUUUAUAUUAAUCACCAAACCAAAAAAACAAGCCGCUUUAAGUCUCAAAUCAACGACACCGCACUCACCAUGAACAUAA